AUGACUCCGAUAGCAUUGAGGUUGCAAGAGAUGCAAAGGAAUGUGACUACUGUAAUCAAUUGUUCUGCAAAAGAUGUAUUGACAAUUGGUUUAUUCUUAAUAAAAAUUGCCCAAUGUGCCAUAAAGAUAUUAGAAUACGUGGAGCUUCACGUGUGGUCAAGGAAAUAAUUUAGUCAUUUAGGAUAAAAUGCUAGUAUUGCUAAAAAGUAUUUCGACUUGCAGAAAUAGAAUAGCAUGAAAUAUAAUGUGGCUAGGUUACCUGUGAUAAUCCAAUCUUUCUAUUAAUCUUACCUCUCAUGCGCUAAGAAUUACUUAGAUGAGAGUAAAAAUUAUGGAAUCGAAAACCAAUUAGAUUUGGCUGGUAGCGAUCUAUAAGUUUUAAGACGUGUUGAGUGUCUAUCACCACAUUUUAUCUAAAAGAUGCAGAUGAAAUCUAUUACUAGAUUUAGAUGGGAUCCAACAUUUACAUCAGAUGCAAUUGAUUUAACAGCUGACAAUAGAACUGCAUUUUUAGAGGAAGAUACAUAUUUGUUCAGAACCGCUAUAUCAGACAUUGGCUUUGAAUCAGGCCUUCAUUAUUGGGAAUUAGUUGCAGAUUCAAGAACAGACAAUGAAUUAAAGAUAGGAGUGACUAAGAAUAGAGAAAUAGAUUUAAAAACAUCUUUUAGCGAUUACUCUUCUGGUUGGGCAUUUUAUGGAAUUGGUUAACUAAGGCACUGUGAUGGAUCAAAUGGUCCCAAAUAUGGCAAAAGUUUUAAGAGGACAGGUAUACUUGGAGUAUUACUUGAUAUGAGUAGAGGUACAAUAUCCUUCUCCUUGGAUGGAGAAUACCUAGGAGUUGCAUUUGAGGAUGAGGAGUUGAAGAAAGGACCAAUCUAUCCGGCAUUAGCUUUAUUGCAUAUUGCUGGAUGCACACUUGUGACUGACAAGCCUGCACCAGCAAUAUUCUUUACUUAAGCAUGA